AUGCACGCCCCCAGCCGCCGGCCCUGGGGCGCUGCCCGGCAGGCGCCCGGCGCGGAGCCCGCCAUGGAGCCGCGCGCGGGGCUGCACAACAGCCCAGACCUGAACCGGGCCAAGCGGCUGAGCGUGGGGGAGCUAUGCUCCCUCUUCGAGGCUCGUGUCGCUGCCGUGGCCGCCGCCGCCGCCCGGCAGCUGCCCGACCCGGCGAAGAGGGGCUGCCGGCCCCCCAAUGGGGUGCUGCGGCCCGUCAUCCCCCGGCUCACUGUCACCGCUGAGGAGAGCGAGGAGACGCAGGGCAGCCCCCAGGCGCCGACGUCGCACCCGGAGAGCGGCUGCCUGAGGACGGACAGCUCGCUGCACCUGCAGUCCCGCAGGCUCUCCACCUCUUCGCUCUCCUCCACCGGCUCCUCGUCUCUCCUGGAGGACUCGGAGGACGACGUGCUGAGCGACACGGAGGGCAGGAGCCAAGGCAUCGUGCAUCUGGAACACGGCGAGGACACCAACCAGAAAAAGGCAUGGCAUACAAUUAAAACCAUGGUUAACUUACCAGUCAUCAGCCCCUUCAAGAAACGCUACUCAUGGGUGCAGCUGGCUGGGCAUACAGGGAGUUUCAAGGCAGCUGACAGUGGGAAGAUCCUGAAGCGGCUGUCAGAGAACGAGAAGGAGUGCUUUGAGCGCUUGAUGCAGGACCCGCUGCGCGCCUGCGUCCCUCGCUUCCACGGCGUGGUGGAGAGAGACGGCGAGAGCUACAUCCAGCUCGAUGAUCUGCUUACUGAUUUUGAAGGGCCGUCUGUGAUGGACUGCAAGAUGGGGAUCAGGACAUACCUGGAAGAAGAGUUGGCUAAGGCCCGUGAGAAACCAAAGCUGCGUAAGGACAUGUACAAGAAAAUGAUUGAAGUGGAUCCUCUUGCUCCCACAGCUGAGGAGAACGCUCAGCAUGCUGUCACCAAACCCCGAUACAUGCAGUGGAGGGAAACCAUCAGCUCCAGUGCCAACCUGGGCUUCAGGAUUGAAGGGAUUAAGAAGGCAGAUGGGACAUGCAACACAAACUUCAAAACUACCAAGACACAGGAGCAAGUUCUACAGGUUUUUGUGGAAUUCAUUGAAGGCAACACAACUAUUCUGAAAAAAUAUCUCAAGCGUCUGCAGGAAAUUCAUAUCAUUCUUCAAUCCUCAGACUUCUUCAAGCGACAUGAGGUUGUUGGAAGCUCACUACUUUUUGUACACGAUGGCACUGGGAAUGCCAAUGUGUGGCUGAUUGAUUUUGGAAAGACCACCCUUCUCCCUGAUGGGCAGACACUGGAUCACAGGAUCCCCUGGCAAGAAGGCAACAGGGAAGAUGGGUACUUGUUGGGCUUGGACAAUUUGAUAAGCAUCUUGGAAAGCAUCACUGAAAGAUGAGUUGAGAACAGCACAAAACUUGCAGGGCUUCUCUGUAACUUUCUGCUCUACUGGGAUCGCUCAGUUAGAAGGAAACCUUUAACUCCCUCCACACUUCUGAGGUCAUCAGAGCAGAGGGAGCUGCAUCCAGAACUCAGCACUUAGUGAACAAAAUGAUUUUGCAUUGGCCCUCUCUGAACUUAAAUAACUCCAGAUUGGUCUGUAUUGUACCAGCCUAACUUCAGACAGGUUCUCAGAGAACGAGGAUCUCUGUACUCAGGAAUCACACCAGCAUGAGUCAAGAGGUCGGUGUAGUAAACCAGAACGAUUCUGGCUUCUGGCAAACAGAUGGGACUCCAGUUUACCUCUUGAGUGAGCCAGAGCAAGUGCUUAAGGAUUCAGGGUACGAAUAAUAAUUUUUCAGGGAAUUGCAUAAUUUUGUAACCCUCUUCUCACACGCACACAAUUGCAAAGUCUCCUUGCUCCCUUAUACACUAUCGGUUGGAUCAAUAACUUCUG